CAAAGAGUAAGCAGUUUUCAGUUCACCCUCGCGAUGAUCAUCCCUCAGAAGCCGAACCAUCGCUCGUCCAGUCCAACAAUAAGGUAAGGUAGUCGUGGUGGAUUUUUAAAACUUGUUGGAAGCCAUACCCACAACAACAUCACAGUCUGUGCCCUCAACAAUGAGAAUACCUUCACCGUGCUAGAGCAGCCAGCUUCUGGUCCGUCCGUACUACACCUUGAAGGAUGGGGCACGCGUAAUCUGGGGUGUCGCGUGGAUGGAUUUCCUUUGCUACGAGAGAAAUACAACCCUCGAUUCCAGCACUGACGAAGGAUAAGCAAGGAGCAGGGGUGGAAAAUGCCCAGUUCUGUCUUUUCAGUCUCACCAGUAGCUCCCUGACCUGCCACCACUGCUUUGCUGGACCCUUAGCUAGGACUGCACAUUCGUAUAAACAUCUGUGGAGAAACCCUCCUGGACUCAGUUUACUUCCAACGCUUGCCCGAAACACAACGUUUUUUGAGUAGCGCACAUUAUUCUCAUCGUCAAACCAGUUGUCUCCAUUCAGCAGAAUUGGAGCAGUUUUAAAAGAACAGGAAAACCCAUUUCCUAUUUCGAGCGAUUCUAUAGAAUUCACAAGUGCCAGAGACCUUAGUACGAUUCGACACUCACUUUAAUUUUCAGUCUGCACACUCGGAAAAAUAGAAUAAUAUAAUCGUGAUAUAAUAAUACAAGGAGACAGAUUUUUUGUGGUGGAAAUCAAAUCAUAUCAGUACAAACAUUGAGAGGAUUGUAGUGCCUUGAAGAAGGGAAAAAUUGUGUGAUUACGCGUAAUAGUUUGUGAAAACUGCUACUAAAUUUACAAAUGUUCGACAUGGCCACAGUGACGACCAACCUGACGAAUCUCAACUCCCCCAUGGGUCAAGGACAGGGUGGUGGUGGGUUGCAUCCAAUCAUGACCCCGCAGUCCGGCAUAAAGUACGAGAUGCACAGCCCGUCACACUCACCAAUGUCCACACCCACUCCGAGCUCAACCCCCAACAGCACCAUUUCCAGUUCUCACGGAAAAUCGCUCUCCGGCUCAAAUGCCUCCAACAAGGAUUCCAACGAACUCUUCGGAUCCAAGUGCAAAAGGAAAAUCAAUUUUUCUCAUCUCGGAAUUCCGAAAGGACAUCAUCAACCGGCCACCGUGCAGAGGAGGAAUGCCAGGGAGAGGAAUCGUGUCAAACAGGUGAACAACGGUUUCGCCGCCCUGAAGCAACACAUCCCGUUGACCCAUCGAGCCAAGAAGAUGUCGAAAGUGGAGACACUUCGCUGUGCAGUGGAAUACAUUCGAGAUCUGAAGGAUAUGUUGGACAUUAACGGAGCCCUUCUGACCUCUCCGGGAUCGUCUCACUCUGAAUCUGAUUCUGAUCAAGGGGUUCGCGCGGCCCAGUUUGGUCAAGCCUUCGUCGAAGCGUUCUCCCAUUCUCAGCAGUUCUUCUCUGGCGAAUCGAACAAUGGGACGACGACCGUUCCUGCGGGGAGUCAUCAGUUGUCCCCGUCCUCCAGCGAGGACCCGUCGUCACCCUCCUACGCUUCUGAAGCCUCCUCCUACAUCACCUCCUCAAAUGCAAAUACGAAUGCGAAUAACAACAAUAACAUGCAAUACGACUACGAAAACUAUGAACCCGUCAGUCCCGAGGAUGAAGAGUUGCUCGAUGCCAUUUCCUGGUGGCAACAGUCGUGAUCUGAGAAGAUGAUCCUUUUUCCAGCCAUAAAGUUGUAGAUAAAUAAAAUUCCCAAUUUCGAUCCUGCAUAUGCAUCGCUCGUUGUACGCUCCACCCACUCGAUUCACUUUUCAUGGGUCCUCAUCUCUCUCCUCUCUCGUCCAUGUCCAUCACGUUUCUUGCUCAACGACAACUCCAUGAUCCUGCUAUUACAUCGUCCUGAUUGAUGGCUGAAGCAACCUAGUAAAAUUUGAUCAAAAAUGACUUUAGUUCUCAUCACUGCUCAGUAAACAACGUCUCCGUCGUCGUCGUCACACACAACCGUCGCCUGGAGGAAAAGGUCCUCCAGCUUCUGACCCUCCCUUCAUAUGUCAAAUCUCAAUCCAAACACGGGAAUUGAUUUGGCUGACAGGGAUGAAGGAAGGAAUAAGGAAAAUAAAUAAGCCAUGCCAGCCUCGAAGGGCCCACUACUUCGUACAACGAAUGGUUUGUGCAUGCACACCUGAGUCUGAAUAAAAUCCAAAACGAAAUCCUGGCUCUUUUGUACGCGGAAUGAAAAUCCCCGAGGAAUUUUCAAUAUUUCAAAUCUCAAUACACCUCCAUUACACUUGAUUACCUCAUCCAUUCACACACGGAACGUCGUAUCGUAUGUAUUGCCAUCACACAUGUGAGGAUCGGCAGUCAGCCACGCUAAUAAUGUUCAUGGAUCGAGGAAAUCUUUUCUAUUUCCGAUUUAUUAGUCGUACCUACAUAGCAGCAUUGAUUGUGAGUGCUGCUGGAUCUGAGGGUAAAGUGGAUAGGACAUUUGAGAAUUGAGAUGAAUUAUUAACUUUUCUUCCUUGCAUCACCUGCAUUUCAUACUUAUUUCCUAAAACUUUAAUGUGUGUCCAAAGAGGUUUUUCACUGAGCAGCGUUCAGGAUGUGACUUUUCUAUUUAAAUACUUGUACUCUUUAAUGUAUACGUACACAGAGUACGCAUGUUUCUACAUGUACGCAUGUAAAGUGCCUUCCUAUUUUUUAAGGAAUUUAAAAAAAUCUCCACUUUGACCUACUGUGAUUCAAUCCUCAAAUGUGAAACGAAAAAUCAAUUACAAAGUUGGUGAUACAAGAGACAAGUUCAAAUUUUAUUUUGACCAGAUAAAUACAUACAUACCAUGUUUUUCACGUUUUCCACAUUAUACAAUUUUGAAAAUGAUCCAUGACACAUUUCAAGAGUUUUUUGUUCAUUGCAAAAAAAUAUAGUUGAACAUUUUGUAUAAAAACAUGUAGAUUUUCAGUUUUUAAUUGUAGUCUCAAGUUUUAUUAUUUGUGUAUUUUGUAGAAUCACACAAUACAAAGACAGUACUCAUUUCAGUACAACUAGUCAUUAUGGUUUACUUUGUUACUGCAGCUAUACUAUUUACAUGCAUACCUAUUUAAGUAGUAUUAUUAUGACGAUUAUGUAUCUAUGUACUACUGCCAUCAUUUUCAAUUAUUUGUAACAAGAUUUUCAGAAACUUUGGUAAAAAAAAACUGCGUAUUAAUUCGAACCUGUUAUUUCUCACUGUUUAUUUGAAUUAAUUAAGAAGAGGUAAAAACGAAGAGUACAUAAACCUAUCAGCAAUACACUGUUGCAAAACAAUUCACUAAAAACAAUCUACUAAACAAAAGCCUUUAAACUUGAAUCAAAAUGUUUAUUGUAAUUAAAUAUUAAAGUAUUUUAUCGAAAGUAUGACACAUACUUUUCAUAAUAUUAAUGUGUGUAAACUGUGAAAACUACGUAAGCAGUACUGCUGUGAGCAAUAAGUUAAUACGGUACUGAGAAAUAUCACACUGUAAAAAUCAAAUGUACAUUUUAUACGCUUGUUACUAAAUGCAUUCUUAGAAGAGACAAGCAUUUGAACUGGUAAAUAAUAAAAGUUUAUUUAUAAAUGAAAAA